AUGAGUACUGUCAUACUACGCAAGACAAGAACCCAAUCACCAACUCCUUCGAGUGCACCUGCAUCCUCAUUAUCUCAUAACACCUUAUCUUCAAGUGUCACCAGUCUGGGAUCCGCACCAGUUACUCCUGCUGGCGUGUCUAUUACCGCCACAUCUUACUCAACUUCAAAGGUCGGUAAUGUUCCCCUGUUGAAGUUGUUCCCUGCUGAAUACCUUCUUCCUAAGUCUUUAUCUACAUCAUCAUCUUCAAGUGUUCCUACUUAUGUUACUGCUAGCUCUGACUCUUCCGAAGCUACUAAAUCAGUGGCUUCAAUUUCCAACAUUCCUCCUUGCACUCCAACAAAAGAAACUCAUGCUGGCAUGCUUUCUAUUCCCACUUCUAUUGACUCUGUGAACUCAGGAAUCUCACAAACCACACCUCCUUCUCCUUUGCUUAGAAAGAAGUCUGGUGAAUUAGUCAAAUCAUCGCUCAAAUUGCCAUCACUUGGAAAGUCUAUGUCUACUACUAACAUCCCAAAUAGGGAUAAGUCUGUUCGCUUUGCUCUGAGAUUGGCUAACAUUAAAAUGUUUGAUGGUCGUGAAUCUCCUGUUACAGUUUCUAAUGAAUGUACUCCCUUAGGUUCUCCAAAACAAUUGGAUGAUGAGUUGUAUCAACCAAAGCGCAGAUCCAAGUUGACUUUUACUUGGGGAAGUGAUUUUGACGAUGAUUUUGAUGACGAUAACCUUGGCUUUUCAUCUUCAAGAAACACAACCAGUACUUUUGAAGACGAUGAUAAAAAUUCUUCAGAUGAAGAAAGCAACUCACCACCAAAAUACUUUAUUGAACAUACCGAUGUACUGAAGAAUCCUCAACGCAUCAUGUCCUCACCAGUUUAUUUGCAACUGAUCAAGUUAAACGAGGCUGCCAACACUUUAGUUGGUGAAAUUCUUGCAAAGAACAUUGCUUUUGAAAAGAAUCUUCUGCUUAAACUUACAUUCAACAACUGGACUUCGAACUUAACAAUUAACCUGGUGUCUUAUGUCAAGUCAUUCGGAAAUUCUGACUUGUUUAGAUUUGAGAUUCCAUUGAUGGGUUUAUCAAAGUAUCUUAAGUUGGAAUUGGUUGUCCGCUAUGAUGUUGCCGGUCAAACAUACUGGGAUAACAAUGACAACAAGAACUAUCAUAUUACAUUAAAACCUCAACCUAAGCCAAAGUCUCAAGCUGAAAGCUCUGCUUCUUCGUCAGGUUCUGGCACUCUCAGAAUGAAAAGUGUUUCUCAGUUAUUGGAUUCUGGUGAAUUAUUUGAAAGAUUGGAUCGCUUACAAUUUUCCUCUACUAAUAACAAGAGUUCUUCAAGUGGGAUUCCAAUUAAGCUGAAGGGUAAGUAUUCAUUUGAAGAUUCAUUUUCAAAUCCUGAACCUGCUCCAUUGAUGAGAUCAUACCUGGAAACGAAUUUCAGCUCAACUGGAACCAGAUACUCACAAGCAUACAAGAACAAGAAGGGAUACAAUGAUUUAUUGAACAGUUAUUGUUUUUAUAAAUCGGACAAGACCACCAGUGCUUCUCAAGAGUCUCCUUCUACAGCAUCAAGCGGCGUUAAGAAUGCAUUUACCGUUUCAUCUGGUAAUGCCUCACCAAUCUCAGCUUCAGAGUCUGCACUUAGUAAAUCACCAUCCGGCUUAAACUCUGCAAGCUCCACCGAUUACUUCGGCUUCAAUUGCCACACCAGUGUGGGAUCCGCAUUCCACUCCUUUAGUGACUCUGUCCACGUUUGA